UGAUUCCUCAGAUCCAUUUCUCCAAACUGCGCGGAGACGUUUUGCAACAAAAAAAACAACCCCAGAAACACACCGCCACAACAGCCCCUAAUUGCAACGAGUUGUGCGGAGGGGGAGGAUUCGCAAGAAAUAAAUCACGGCACAGCUGGAAUCUGGAGAAAACUAUGAGGAGUGACGCUCCGGCGCCGCGUCCUGCUGCCGCGUCGCUCCGCUGCCGGAUGGGAAGUUGCGAGUCAGAGCCGGAGGACCGGAAACUUUUAUAGACUUUUUUUGGGAAUCCUCCAGCCAGCAAGCCCGAGUUUAAGACUCCUUUGACCCUGGGACUCGUGAGGUCUGACGGGGACGGGGGGGCUCUGACUCCACAGACCAGUGCGUUCCUCAGAUGAUGGAUGCGCGUUGAAGCCAAGAGGAAAAAAAAAAGAAGAGGCAUUUCUCUGAAGAAAGAGCUCUGUGGUGUUUUUGUGCUUGACUAUGGAGAAUAAAUGAAAGGGACGUUUUCCCGGGAUUAAUUGACUGCACGGCGACAGAAUGCGGAAGAGGGACCUACAGAGCAUGUGCAGAAGGGCGCUGCUGCUGACCGUCUGUAUGGUGUCUCUCUGGGGACAGCUGACCAGUGCAUCGUCACACAGAAGCCACAUAGUUCAUGUGAAAGCGGGAACCUGUGAGGUAAUUGCUGCACACCGAUGCUGCAACAAGAACAAGAUCGAAGAGAGAUCCCAGACCGUCAAGUGCUCCUGCUUCCCUGGACAGGUGGCGGGGACGACGCGAGCGGCUCCGUCUUGUGUAGACGCGUCAAUAGUUGCACAGAAAUGGUGGUGCCAGAUGCAUCCCUGCAUGGACGGCGAAGAGUGCAAAGUGCUGCCAGAUCUCAAAGGAUGGAGCUGCAGUACAGGAAACAAAGUCAAGACAACCAAGGUCACACGAUAGUCGUCUGUUUCCACGACAACGUAGUUUGGAACAAGGCGGCACAUCUUUAACCAACACCGUAGGACAUUUGGAUUUCAUGUCUUUUGAGGAUUUGGUGGAAACCGGGGACCAACGAGGACAAUGACCACGGACAUUCAACUGGAACGAAUGGAGGGAAAAGGACCAGGAAGCUUCACGCGAGACUGCGUUAUCCAAAAAGAUGUACUGACUUUAUAUUCAGCAUCGUCUGUCGCUGUCUCUGAACUCUACUGCCCACCAAAUCUCUCUUUGUAUUAUAGUUUUAUUCCCAUGGACUCGAAGACUCUACCAUGACGAUAGUUAUUGACUAGAAGACUGUCGGUUACACAAGAGAAAAAAAUAUAUAUAUCACCGUUAAAACAAAAUCAUGUGACGUGAAACUUUUGUGUUUGUUUUUUUUCUUGCCACAAAGGACCCGAGGGCUCUUGACGCAUAUCUGUGUUGACGAUCUAGUGAGGGCAUUUUCAUUCCUUUUAGCCUUAUGGAGCAGAUAUCUCUUCUGUUUCUUUUUUCUUCUUCUUCUUCUUUUUUUUUCUUUUCAUUUGAAACCAUCAAGUGUUUGUCGAGACGUCAAAGUCUUCUUUUCAAAGACAAAAGACGACAAACUGCAAAAUCCUGAAACAAAAGAAAAAUGUAAUUACGUUUGACCACACGAGUCACCGAGGGUCAACACAUCCGAUUUCUGCCAAAAUGUUUUAACGCUAUCUGUUGUUUUAAAAGCCUGGUGACAAACCAUUGAUUACAAAUGUCAGUAUUAUCUCAAUAAAUCUAAAUCAAUGGAAA